AUGACCGAAGUUGCUUCUUUGAAACGAAAGCAGAUUGCACAAAAACGAAGUCGGAAGAGAAGGAUUUCGUCAACACCUCUCUCCAAAAGAAGGGUCAGGACAGGAUGUCUCACUUGCAGAAGUAAGCACAAGAAGUGUGAUGAAAAUAAACCUGUGUGUAACUUCUGUGCAGAAAAAGGUUACGAUUGCGUCUGGAAAGGUGGAUCGCAGAAGUUGGAUUUAGCAAAAAGCACGUUGAAUGAUUUUCUUUCUCUUCAAAAUUGCACCAGAAACCUAGCAUCCAUGCUCAAUUAUCCAAUUGCUACUACAAUUGCUUUUGGGCCAACUGAUUCUAUUGGUACCAGCUGCAGAACCGUUGGUCUGACCAAAACGGAUAGUACAGAAAGUGUAUGCUCCAAUUCGGAAGAACCUCUUGUUUUAAGCUCUUAUCUGCAUUCUAACGUUCCUCUUUAUACGUCCCAGAUGAGUCGUAACAGUACGAGCUGCUUUGGUAAUAUUGAACAAAACAAUGCUUCGUUCAAUUUUAUAACUCCUCGUAUGUUCCAGCAGGAAUCAGAUUUGUCCCGUUUCAAGAUUCCUCCCAGAUUUUUCUCCUUGCCCAAAACACUAAGCAGCAUCUUAAGCGUUUAUCUUUCUGUUCACGGUAAACAUGUAGGAGCCCGAUUACCGAAUGAUGAGUAUACAUUCGAAAUAUUUACCGAUAGAUCAUCGGCAAAAAUGGACAAGCUGAAAUUUUACGAUAACAUCAAGCAGUAUCCGUUCUUGUUCGAUGUAUUCAAAGGUGAGAUUUCUCCCAUGCUUUCUUCUUUAGUUGAUCAGGUUUGUAUCUUCAGAGAAGUUAUUCCAAAAUUAUCGAUUCAUUUUCCUGCAUUGCAUUAUUCGAUUUUGACCCUUUCUUCAAGACUGUUGGAAGAGAACACACACAAUUAUUCUGGCAAAAAUACAAUUACUUUUUACAAUAGCUCAUUGAGAGAAUUAGGCUUGGUUCUGAAAGAAGGUGUAUCUUUAGAGACUCCCAUAAGAAGCAAACUGAUUCUCGCGACAAUUCUCUUUCUCGAAUUGUUUGAAAGUCUUAGUUUGUACCCUGAGGAUUUGGAUCAUAGAUUUGAUGUCUAUGGCAUUUUUGUAAACAGAAUCUGCACAAUGUGGAAAGACGAUUUGACAGUAAAGGCUUUGACGGUUAAUUGCCUUCUUGUCCAACUUAUAAUUUCUUCUUUCCAAAAGGUUUGUCAUAUAAAUCGGGACUUGUUCAGUGUUAACAUUGCUUCGCCUUAUUACAAGCUUCUCUGUCUAAACCUGGAGCUUGAAGCUGAGGCAUUUGAAGAUGUGACUGCCGUACAAAAUAUUAAAAAUAAAUUGAACCGUUUGAAAAACGAACUUCCUCAAAAGUUUCAGGAAAGAAUAGAGGGACAAUCCUUUUUUGUUGAUUCUGAAGAAUUAGCUUGUUCGGAAUUAUAUUUAAUUACUUUAAUUGGUAUAAAAACAAAAAUUCUGCAAUUUGAUGCAAAUAUGUCAUCAGAAUACGAAGAAAACAUCAAAAGAAUGGCAGCAAGACAUAUGCAUCGUGACAAAAAUGAAGAUAUAGACAAAAGCAUCAAAAAAGAAGUUCCUGAAAAAAUCAAUGAUAUGCAUAGGAACUUGGAUCGGCUAUUGGCUGUUUUGCAUAGAAAUAUGGGGUGGAAAAAUAUACAUAGCGUGAGCUGUUUAAUGGUCACACUCUACUGUAUAAAGAAAAUUCUCGAUAACUCUGAAUUAACGGAUGAUCAAAAAGCUCCAUUUAGCGAAGUGGCUAACCGAAUUGCCGAUUGGAGCGGGUUAUCAAGAUUCAGGUCAUUAUAG